GUAGAAUAGUUGGCAGCUGCCGACAGCUGCCAACUGACUGAUCCCAGUAUAUUUAAAUUAUUCUUUUCCUUCUCACUUUUUCUUUCCCUUCUUUCCUCCUUCACACCAACACUGCACCACCCUCCCACGAACCAAUAUUCAAGAUUUCGCAACAAUGGCACCCCGUCGCCGUCGCAACCAGACCUCCUCCUCCUCCUCCACCGGCCAAGGCCUCCCCCUUUAUAAUGUGCCUGCUCCCGCGCCUUCCACCACGUCUACCACCGCGCCGCCUGCUCCCACUGCCCCCCCUGCGCCGAGCCCGAAUGUGGCUCCUGGCUCGCUGCCGCUGACCCCAAGUCAACAAAUGGUUGACAUUCUCUAUGGUGUGGCUGGGCCAACCCCCCUUGGCACCGAUCCUCGCAUUGUUUAGCAAACACAAGAGGAGCGGGACGAGCUACGAGAGCUCCGUGCCUUUGCUCAGAGAACCCCCCUGGCACGAUUUGGCGAUCAAUAUGGCUGGCUGGUUCAGAGUGUCGUCGAUGCUGUGGGGUAUUUUGGAGUCGUGCUUGGUGGAUACUUUUUACAGCAGUAUCUUCAGGACAAGUCACCUAAGAAGCAGUGAGACUGAGUGAUUAGUGGUUGACGUAAGAGUUGAUUCAGGGAUUAAUUGAUAUU